AAUCAGUGACAUUUUGGAAGGAGUUUGAUGAUUAUCUUCACAAAAACACCUCUUUCCUGAGCUGAGCUAUGACACGUUUAAUACCCUGAAGAACCUUUGUGUUUAUUGGUUAUUACUUGGUCCAUAGAUGAAGGUGAGCUGUGAGAAGAUUGAGAUCCAUGGACAGAAGACUGCAGUCAGUUUCAUCCUCAGAACAACGAGGAGACGAAGCACAAAGACAAGAUACACAAGAACCAGCAGUGGAUGAGAAUGAAUGAAUGAAGUGUUGGAUCCCAGUCGUGGAUAAAACAAGUUCUCAACUUCAACGUUUUCCUGAAGGAUGAACAUUUUUACAAAUUUUCAGAAUUGAGAGUAAUGGGAUCAUGUAUCUAAAAGUUCUUGUUGAGUUCUGUGUAAAGCUGCUCAGAAAUGAGCGUCUCGAUGAUUUCACUUCGUCCAGUGGCUGUGAAAUGGCGGCGCUCGUCCUCCUGUUCUUCUUCCAUCUGAUUCUGGACAUUCGCUCUCAAAAUGUUCCUCAGCUGCUCGUGUCUCCUGAAGUUCUCACAGAGAGAGGAUCAGUGGAGCUUCACUGUUCUGUUCCACACAAUGUUAAAGUAUCUCGGUGUUCUUUCUACCCAGAGGGAGACGACACAAAUAUUAAACCCUCUCCAUCUCCAUCAUGUCGGCUCUCAGUCGCUGGUUCUGAUCUGAUCAGGUGGACAGGACGCAGCUCUCCUGGAACACUUCGGAUUAUUUGUUUCUAUGUGUUGGAUAACUCUGUUCGUUCUCCUUCUCCUCACUCUCGCCCAGCUCCAGUCACAGUGCUGAGGAAGAUCAACAUUACAACCCCAAUUCCAAAACAGUUGGGACAAAAUACAAAUUAUUUCUUUCGGGAAACAUCACAGCGGCCCACAACUAAACCCUCCCCGACUGGUUUUUCUUCUCCCUCAACAACGUCGUCCACAACUAAAGAGAAAACGAGAGCAGAGUCUCAUGGACCAUCAACUCCAACCACAGACAGAAAGAAACCGACUGCAGGAUCUUUGUCGGUGCUGCUGCCGUCAGUCCUCGGUGUCUGUGUUUUACUGGCUGGAAUGAUGAGCGUCUGUCUCUGCAGCUUUAUCAGGAAGCAGGCGGCUGAGAGACGCAAAAUGGACUUGACCCAAGGUGAUCAGGAUGGUGAUGAGAUUUACACAGAGGUGAUGUACACACUCUCCUCUCAGAGGAAACGUGGCUCCUUUCAGCUUCCUCUGAAUGAUGGACCCUGAACAGGACGCGCUGCUUCUCUUCUGCACCAAAUUCAUCUCAGUUCACUUUGACUCGUUCACUUUAUCAACACAUCUUUACAAGGAGUUACAUCUUUUUAUCUGAUGGUGGUGGUGUGAUUUUAAAAUAUUUCUGAGAUAAGCUCACGUCUCCAUCAAGCAGUUGUGCUUUUACAGAAUUAAAUUAUUACAACUCCAGCACCGUGGUUCAGAGAUUUUAUUCCUUUAAUCUGUUUCACAGUUUCUGUUGAAAUGAUGAAGAAAAAAUACGAUGAAAGUUCAGCCAGAGAAAUGGGAAGAAAUGAUGAACACAAUCGUUAUGUCUGCGUGUGUUGGUGCUUUGAGUGCGUAGCGUGUAACACAAGGACUAAUCACCAUGCACCUGUUCCAGAUUAGAACACAAUCACAGCACACUCUUAUAAGGAUUCUGACAACACACACUUUACAAAGUACACACACACACACACACACACACACAGAGUACCACGAAGUAUCUCACGUUACCAAACCUGAGAUUCCAUGUUGAUCCUCUGGUUCUUGACUUUGUGUCCAGUUUUCUCGACCCUGCUGAGUAUUACCGCCAAUAUUCUGGUUUUGCCUCACUCGACAAUUUCCCGUUUCUCGACCCCGCCUCUGUGUCAUGUUUUUGAUCUGUUUGCCUGCUUGUUUUCAAAUAAACACGCUUUCUGAGAUAAAA